UGAAGAUGUCCAUACACGCGGUGAAACGCGAGCAGGCGAACCUGACUUGGGACAACAGCAUCCCGCCCGCAAUCACCAUCGACUCGGGCGACACCGUCUCCUUCGACUGCCUCGACGCAUCCAACGGGCAGCUCACCGCAUCGUCGACCGCAGCCGACGUCGUGCGCAUGGUCUUCUCGCAGUGCGACCAGGUGAACGGGCCCGUGUUCGUGCGCGGCGCGCGGCCGGGCGACACGCUGCAGGUCGACGUGCUCGAGCUGCAGCCGGGCGCGUGGGGCUGGACGGCGAUCAUCCCUGGCUUUGGGCUCCUCGCGGACGAUCCAGAGUUCCAAGAGGCAGCGUUGAAGAUCUGGGACCUCGAGAGGGACCUGGAGGAGGGGGUUACGACGUUCCGUGAGCGCGUCGACCUCGGUGUUGGUGCUGCAGGGAGCGCGCUCGAGCGGAUCCGCGUGCCGAUACGCCCCUUCUGCGGCGAGAUGGGUGUCGCGCGCCGCGAGCAGGGCGCGUUUUCGACGAUUCCGCCUUAUCAUACCGGCGGAAAUAUGGACACGCGCCAUCUGACGCGGGGUUCGACCCUUUUCCUCCCUGUUGAAGUUGAGGGUGGAUUGUUCUCCGUUGGGGAUGGUCAUGCUGCUCAAGGAGAUGGCGAGGUGGCUGGAACCGCGAUCGAAACGUCAAUGAAGGUUAAGGUACGGCUGACGGUGCGCAAAGAUAAGCCGUAUGUCAACACCCCACACUUUGUGAGUCGGACCGCGGAAAGAGGCGCCGAGAUGGGGUAUUAUACGACUACGGGCGUUGAUCCGGAUGUUCGUGAAGCUGCGCGAUCGGCGGUGCGAAACAUGAUCAGCUUCCUGGCGGCGGAGCACGGGCUCGAUCGGAGGGAGGCGUAUAUGCUCUGCAGCGUCGCGGGAGAUCUGCGUAUGCACGAGGUGGUCGAUAUGCCCCAUUAUCUGAUUGGGAUGAUGAUGCCCGAGUCGGUCCUCAGUGGACACUAGAAAUGAUUUUUCAGAGCGCGCUUGUUGAAGCGACGACCGCCAUGGUUCGUCAUAGGGAAUGCUAUGUAUGCUCUAGAUCUGAUAAAGGCGCUGCUGCGGAUAGAGGGUAUUGAUGGGUAGAGGCAAUGAGCACCGAAGUCAC